GUUCAUCCGGCUAUUCAUCGCUGCUUGGCGUUGCAUGUCCUCAAACUCGUCACCCUUCGCCAGCUGGUGGCCCCCUCCAUCAGCUCUGUGCCUGUCCUUUGGCCUUCAUAUCAUGCCUUCGAGUCGCGGCAGAGGAGCUAUCGGCCUUCGAACGGCGGCCAAUAUACCGACAUCGAAAUGAAUUCGCCACGGGAUGAGCACGUUCACAUGUGUAUGAGCGCCGGUAUUCCUCCCUCCUGUGCUCGUGCAGGCUGUUGUAUCUUUUGUGUGGCCCUCUGCUGCCCCCCGCGCAGUGCGGCACCCUCAUCGGCUGACGCGGCGAGAAGCCAGGCGGACAGGCAGAGACACACACACACACACACACACACACGUGUCACGACACGCGAUAUCAGUUGUCCAUCUCUCUGUCUGUCUGUCCGUCCGUCUGAUGUGUCUGGCUGAUUCAGGCCGGCCGAGUGUGUGAUUCAGCCACGGUCUCAGACAGCUGCCUGGCUGUCCGCCGGGGACGCAGCAGCGCUGCAGACUUCUCAUAGAUGGUCGCUGAACACGACACAGCUGCACAGCUGCAUUCAUGGACGGCCAGAGAAUCGGCGUCAUCAUCUCGCUCGUCUCGUGGGCUCUCUCUCUCUCUCUCUCUGUGUGUGUGUGUGUGUGCGUCUGUGUCAGUGUGCGUGUGGGGGGUUGGCGGCUCCUCGGCUUCUCACUCACACGUGCGACCAGCCGUGGUGGCCCUCCUGCUGCAGGACUUAUCUCGUGCAGGACAAUCAGCUGGGGCUGUGCUGUAUGGAUGUGGAUGGAUGGAUGGGCGGGCGAGUGGAUGGGUGGGUUCCGGGAUGCACGUAGCGUAUGGACUGUGUCCGUCCGUCCUCUCCUGCCUGUGCCUAUGCGGCUGUGCUGUGUGGGACGUGGUGGAUGUGUGUCGUGCACGAUGAAUGAAAUGAGUGGCGCCUUCGGGCGUGAGAGUCAAUUCACAGACGAGGAGCAUUGUACCGCUCCCUGGUGCCUUCAUGAUCGAAUGGAUGAAUGGUCCAUUUCUUCUCUGCCUGCCUGACUCAUAUCCUCUCUGCCCGCCUGGUUGGUGUGUUGUGUGACUAAGUGUGCGUGUGUGUGUGUGUGGUGUGAUGUGGUGUGACACACAGGGAGGAAUGUGAGGUGAGGACUGUGUGUUGCGAGCGCAUCAAUUGCGUGUGGAUGGGAGCGAUUUGCUGCCAGCUGCGGUGCAUAUGACGAGUCCAUCAUCCCUGACUGCGCGAACGCAAGUCAGCAAUACAUGGCAUAAGCGGCACACACACAUGAAGACCUUGUCACCAGCUGCGCGAACGCAAACCGGCUGUCAUGUGCAGCCAGAGGGCUACGCAAUCAGUCAGACAGGAGCAAUGGUUAGACCCGAAGGCCCAGAAGAGGGUGUGCCACACUCACCGUCGAGUGUAAGAGCGAGGCGACACGCGAGAGGGCGACAGGCAAGCCUGAACAACCGCUCUCCCCGGAGAAAGAAUUCUUGUGACAAUUCAUGGUUCAAUGAACCAAUAUCAGCUGUCACACUGAUAAGAACAGUUACUACACUUGAUCUUAGCCAAAAGGCCGAGAAGGUAUGUUUAUUACAGAUCUGACGGGGGGGUAGCCGACACAGAUCUGCAGUCGGUGAUGGCUGACAGGAUUGUCUCAGUUUGUGUCUCAUCGAUGGCUGCAGAUCUCGGCUUCCUGCCAUCACGACAGUCACUAUGGAGGCGUAAUGCCCUGCGGUGUGCUUAAUCAACCAAGUCUCCUCAGGAAAAGGAGGAAGGCAAGAUCAAGCUCGCAAUGAGAUGCGUUCGACUGAGAUAUGUGGGCAUCUGCUCCCCCCGGCAUUUCCUGCGCUCGAGCUCCAGUGCUUGCAUCCAUUCAUCGCUGACUGCUAUGGGAGGCGUUUGAUGUCCUCAAAUUCAUCUGAAGUCAAAGCGGGCCUUCUUCGCGAGAUCCGCCUUCUGUCCGGGAAGGAAGGAUGAGUCAUGGCCUGAGCGUCGAGGAUAUCAUCAACCAGGAGAUAUCUGACGAUGAAGAGGAGGAGCCAACGUCAACAAGUGCAGCGGCGGACAGCUCUGCCAAGCAGGUCAAGGGCAUCACAGUGGAGGAGAUCCUCGCGGCCGAGCUCGACGAUGACAUCGAAUUCGCCGUCCCAAAGUCAGCCAGCGCACACACAAAAGCAUAAGAAAUAUACCAUAAAGCAGAUGCCUGCACGUGUUUGCUGCGCCUUCUCUCUCGCACACACAGGCCUUCAUCGACUGCCGUCCCGUCGGCUGCGCCGGCUGUAGCCACAUCCCUCUCCCCCGUCCCGCCCAGCGCAUCUCCCGACGCUCAUCCAAUGCUGGAGGGAGAACCGCCGCCUGGUGAUGCAGAGGCCACAGCUGGCGACACCACACAGCAGCAGCAGGCCGAGCCAAGCGAAGAGGAGAGGUUCCGUGUGGCGCCCUUCGAGUGGUGUGAGGCCCAUGAGCGGUCUCAGCUGGCGGUGCUGCCCGGCGAGGUGACACUCGCGACGCCUCUGCAGGAGCUCAUCAGUUCGAGGCCCUUCAGGCGGCCGCCAGAGUCGCGAGAGAGCGAGACUCUGCCCCACGGCUCGCGGCAGGACGUGCCAGAGGUCGGCGGCCAUCAUCUCGUCACGACCACAUCACUGGACGACAUGAGCCGGCGGAUAUCGCAGGAGGGCGGCAUGCCCACGUGCAUCGCCAUCGGCAGCCACUACAUCGUCUGCGGCACCACCAGAGGAUUCUGUCUGCUCUUCGACGCGGCAUGCGAGUUCGUCGCCUCCCUCCCGCCACCGGCAGAGAGCCUCGGCGGGGCGACGGCCGUCUGCCUGUCGUCGACCACGGCGAGCGACGGAGGCCCGGCAGGUCCGCACACGCCCUCUGUAGCCAUCUUGGCGGGACAUAAGAGCGGUCAGCUGGUGCUUUGGGAGAUCCCCCAGGGCGGCAGCGUGGCCAAGUGUCAGUGUGUGGUGCGGGACGUCCAUGCUUCCCCCGUGGUGGCCGUGAGCUUCUGGAAGGGGCGCCACCAGGCCCUCUCGUCCGACGCCAUCGGCAACGUGUCCCUGCUCACCUUCUCGCGGGUUUUCCUGGCCGUCUCCUGUGAGAAGCAGCUGCUGCUGGGAGCAAGCCCCGCCCUCGGGCUCAUCCUUGACUUCGCUCCGAUGCCGCCAGGAUCGUCGGAGUCGGCCCAUCCAGCUGAUGCGGCCAGUCUGGUCACCCUGACGGCCACCUACUCGGUGAUAGCGGUGUCUUUGCACCCGUCAGUGUCGCUGCUGCACAAGAUGCAGUUCCACCGGGACCCUUCGUCGAUAGAGAGCUUGCCGUCGGCGUGUUGGCUGCGGCCACAGCUGGGGUGUGAGGAUGACGGGCAUGAUGUGGGUAGGGGAUGCGAGAAGGCGUCACACAUCGGGGGGUGGCAGAGGAGGGAGGAGGACCCGGGCAUUGCAUCUGACCCCAUCCAAGUGGUGUGUGAGAAUACAAUACGGGGAAAGGAAUGGUGGAUCGAUCGUCACUGCCUGCCCUGUCUACCUGUGUGUCUGUCUGUCUGUCUGUCUGUGCACACACAACACACCACAGGUGUCGUUUGGUAGUUUUGUGCAUUUGGUUCGCGUGUUGUUCAACCCCGCCCUGCAUGCCCACAGCCAGACGGCUGCGCUGCCCGCAUGCCCACACCCUCUGGAAUUCCAAACCAUCGCAAAAAUCGAAGUCGAGGGCGGCAUUCAGGUGGGGUGUGUCACGAAUGCGCAUUGCAUUCUUCGUCGGUGUGUGCAAACAUAUGUCCGUGUGUGGUGUGCACUGCAGGUGGUGCGUGCUUUGGGCAGCUCUGUGCUGGCGGUGUUCGACCACCGCGCGAAUCUGUCGAUAAUCCAGCUGCUGCCAUCCGACCCGCCCCCUCUCUCCCCCUCCCCCGCCCUCCCCUCCCCCACAGAACCCCCCAGAUCCCGCAUCCUCAAGUCGCUCGUAUUCCGCACAUCCACACACCACCUGUCCGUCGUCUACCACACCAAUGUCGUGCCCACACCCACCACAUCAGCAGAUGGAGAGGAAGCGGGCCCGUCGAGGGCUCGGACGGUUGUCAGCUACCACCAUUCGUGGGGCGUCUGCCUGCACACGAGGCGGGUUGUGGUGCUGGGGCUGCAGGGCGUGUGCUGCCUCUCGGUGAGGGGGUGGAGCGACGUCAUCGGCGAGAUGGUCGAGAGUAGCCAGUGGGAGGAGGCACUGGCCGUCCUAUUGGCUCUCUAUCAAGACGGCGCACCGCCGCUGCUCGAUGUGCCCCUCGAUGGGGCGCAGAGGCGGAGUGCGCUCGUAACGGUGGCGACGCAGCUGAUCCAGAGCUACCUCGCCACCAACCUGCCGAGCCCACAAAGACCCCUCUCGCCCCUGCAGAAGAAGCCAAAACCCCCUCCCCCUCCCCCGCCGCCGCCCCCACCACCGCCCCCACCACCGCCCCAUCCGUCAGCCACAGGACGACCACACGAGCUGCAGACAGGUGUGUCCCCCUCCCCCUCCCCGUCCCCCGCCCGCAUCGAGCGCAUCUGUGCGUGUGUGACCGAGUGCGCCGUCAAGAUGGAGCUGUGGGACCUCCUGUACAGACUGACGUUCGACCUGUUCAAGGCCGCUGGACACCUGGACACCUUCCUGGCCACCCUACAGCCAUACAUCCUGCUGGAGGCCGUGCCGGCCUCUGUGGAUGCAGAGGUGCUGUGCGCCAUGGUGGCCUACUUUGCCGACAGGCUGGAGGGGCCCAAGAGGGGCGGGGGUGAGGAUGUCGGUGGGGAUAAGACGGCAAGGAGACGCUUCCAGCAGCUGCUGCUCAAGACGGAUGUGACGCGGCUGGACCUGAAUCAAGUCAUCAGGUGAGUGUAGAGUGAGUGACAUGGGUCAAGGCAGGCCCGCAGAGUGAGUCGGUGAGGGGCUAUCUAUGAGUCAUCCGAUGUGUGUGUUGUGUUAUAUAUUGUGUCUGUCAGGUUGUGUAGCUCUCAGCAUCUGUGGAGCACCCUCGCCUACAUCUACACCACGGCCCUGCAGGACUUCGUCGCUCCCGUCGAGGUGCUCAUGGGCGAGUGCAUCAAGCUGCAACAGCAGCACACGCAGACCUCUCCCGACCACACCACUAAUGGCGAAACACCCGCACCCACACAGGCCACCACCGACCUCUCGCAUGAGCCCCUGGUGCGCAAGCUCUUCUACUACUUCCACUGUCUGUUCGAGGGCCAGCCCUUCCCCCUCCCUUCGGGAGCGGCAUGCGUCACUGCCCCGCCACCCAAGGCUAUCGCCGAGAUUCUCCGGCACAUAUUCCGCCAGAAACGGAGCGACACCGCGCCCGCGGUGUUCGAGUCGCUGCUGCAGCUGUCGCCAACCCUGCUAUUCCGCAGCCUGGCGUCCCUCUUCACCAGCGACUUCUCGCGAAUGGCCAUCAAGGAGGUGGCCAAGACCGGUGGGAGUGCGUCGGCGGCACCCGGCCCGAUGGUGCUCAGCUGGAUAGAGGAGGCCGUCAAGCUGUGCCUCGAGAGUUAUGACGACGGCGACACCCGACGUAUGGUCGAGGAGGAGCUCGUCUGGCUGACGGCGCGUGCAGCGGUCGAGGGCGACGACGUGCUGCUGGAGCCAAAGCGACUGGAAGGUGUGGUGUCGUUCCUCCUCUCCAAAGCGGCCCACCUGGAUAGCGAGGCGCUGCUGCUGGCCCUGCUGGAAAGGGAGGGCCGCAACGGCCGCGGCCCCCUGGCCCCGUCACGCAUCGAGUCAGCCACCAAUGUUCUAGUGGAGCAGGCGCAUGCCGUGGGCUUCAUGCGGGUGGCCUCGCGCGUACAUGAGCAGCGGCACGAGUACCCCAAGCUCCUCGACUGCUAUCUGCGGGACCGGCAGCUGCAGACCGAGAUCUUUGACUUCGUCCGCUCACGGCUGGAGAAAGUGCCCGACGGUUUCGACCUGGCGGCCUUCGUCAAGGCGACGCUCGAGCGGCUGCCGUCACUCGUCAAGGUCGACUGCGACGAGUGCGCGGCCCUUGUGUGUCACAUCUUCAGCUCACCGGCAACGUGGGUACAGGCGGCCGGUGCGAAAGGGGAUAUGGUGAACGGGGCGACGGAGAAGGGCGGCAUGCGUGUCACCGUGCUGCCGGAGCAGGUGCUCACGGCCCUGGACCCCUACCCAGAGCUGCAGCUGCGUUUUCUCAAGACGCUGCUGACACGGGGGGCGUGCUGGAAGCACAGGGACGACCAGCGGCGGUUCUUUGAGUUGUAUGUGGUGCGCCUGGUGGAGCUCAUGUGCCGGCAUGAGGCGGGAGGCGUCGUGGGGUUUCUGCGCGAGUAUGAGCACCAGAUACCCAUCGGCGACUGCCUGGCCCUUUGUCAGAAGUACCAGGUGGUGGAUGCGUCGGCCUACCUGAUGGAAAGGACGGGCGACUUCCAGGUAUGUGGGCAACAGCACAGCACAGCACCCUUCCCUUGCGUGAGCGUCUCGUCCAUGUGUGUUGUCUUGUACAUCCAUCUAUCUGUCUGUAUGUCAGGGAGUGGUCACUCUGCUGAAAGCCGCCUUCACGUCUCGGCUGGGCGCCAUGCAGCGCGUCUUUCUGGACCCCUCAGCCAACAUCACCAAGUACCUCCGACGACUCAUCCCCAAACACCACCACCACACCACCCCGGCAACACAGGCGUCCCAGGCAGCCUCCUCUCAUGCGCAAGGCGGUCCCUCCCACUGGUGGGACGGCUUCCGCGAGGUGACGGAGACGUUCGGUCUGCUGCACCAGGCCAUCGACCUCUGCCAGCGCAACUACCAGCUCAUGACGAGCGAGCAGCUCGAGGACCUGUGGUUCGGCUUCCUGGCGGAGGUCGUGCGGGUGCAGGAGAGCGUCCCGCGUGGAUGGAGCCCCUCCACCGCCGUCGGCAGCUCCCUGCGGCUCACGGGGCUCAACCGGUCGCUGGCCGAGAUCGUCUCGGAGAUCCUCACCGGCGGGCUGACCACCUUCCUGUCUCUCCCCGUCACGCUCAAGCGCAUCACCAGACAGCAUGCGGCCAGCGAGGUGGGCGUAUUCAAGCAACCUUUGGUGCAGAUGCUGACGGGCCUCGCCUUCCAGGAGGCCCUGCUGACCACCUCUGCCCGGCUGGCCGCCCGCGACCUGUUCGCCAGCUUCCAGCAGGUGACCAAGCAGCGCAAGAGGCCCGCAGUCGUGACACGCACCUACUGCGAGAGCUGCAGCCUGCCACUCGAGUGCCCGCCGGUCAGCGCCCGCCAACACGGGCCUGGUGAUGGUGGGGACAGUGAGCGUGUGCAGGAGAGGGAUGGGCGUGUGGCGGUGCUGGCGUGCGGGAAGGCGUACCACGUGGCGUGUCUGGAGUCACAGAGUGACGGGGGAGGCAAGAGGGAUCCUGGCUGGCGUGUGGUGGAUAGGACGGGGAAAGGCGACACUGAUGCGCUUAGCCCGAUCAAACACUGAUGGAGGAUUAAGGCUCGAUAGCUGACAGACAGGGUAGCUAGAGACAAUGACGUGCAGAUUUAUGUGUGGUAUGCGAUUGGUUAGUCCUACACGAAGACAAUCUGAGACGGCCAGGAAACCCUUUCGCCCCCAGACGACAUCCAUUUCAUUCCUGCGGGCUGCCAGGGAGUCCACAGUAUAUCUUCACUCCCGUCGGCCAAGUCCCCCAAAAGUCGCCAGGCAUCCAUCUCCCAGACGCCCUUCUCCUUUGCAUACUGGUUGCAUACAUACACAAAGAGCAGCGACACUAGCUGUAAGGAAAGGAUCAAGUAAAGGAAGGAGACAAAAUGAAGGAAGCCCUGCAUGCUGUUGGUGUGC